GGCAACUUGUGCGUCGGAUUGUUCGGGCUUGUGUGACUUGUUUUCGCUGCUCACCAUCAAGUAUAAAUCAACAAAUGGCACCUCUUCCAUCAGUACGAGUAACUCCUGCUCGUGUAUUCUCUAAGUCUGGGCUGGAUUAUUGCGGGCCGUUUAAUGUGCGCCCGUUGUAUGGGAGAGGGGCUAGCGUCAAAAUGUACGUCGCAGUGUUUGUGUGCCUGUCGGUGAAGGCCGUACACGUUGAAAUCGUUCCCGAUCUAUCGUCCAGUGCGUGUAUAAAUGCGAUAAAGCGGUUCGUAGCCCGACGCGGUCGGUUAAUCGAGCUCCGGUGCGACAACGCUACAGCAUUCGUCGGGGCUGAUCGGGAAAUGCGCGAGCUCCGACGUCGGUACAAGCAGCAGUUUGAUACUGCCGAAUGGAACAAAUACUGCCUUGAUUCGGGGAUCACAUUCAAAUUCAUCCCGGCACGAUCUCCACACUUCGGGGGAUUGCGGGAGGCCGGGGUGAAAUCAUUCAAAUACCACUUUCGACGAAUCUUCGGUAGUUCAUCGUAUACGGUCGACGAGCUAACAACUGCUGCUGCACAUAUAGAAAGCAUCCUCAACUCCCGGCCUCUCACACCCCUUACGGAUCAUCCUGACGACCUCUCUGUGUUAACGCCUGGACAUUUUAUUAUCGACUUUCCCGUCUCCAGGAAAUGCGUCGAGCCGUCCAAAAUUUUUGGAAAUGCUGGUCCAGAGACUACUUGAGCUUUCUCCACCAGCGUUCAAAGUGGAGGAAAGCGACAAAAAACAUCGAACCUGGAAUGAUCGUACUUCUUAAGCAGGAAAACUAUCCUCCGUUUACUUGGCCCCUGGGACAAGUCUCUGAGACAUUCAUUGGGCCUGACGGAUUAGUACGUGUCGUCGUGGUACGAACUUGUCGUGGUCUCUAUAAGCGAGCUGUAUCGAAGAUCUGUCCGUUGCCAAUCGAGAAGGAGCAAGAUGCUAUUCAGAACGGUCAUGCCAUCGAAGACAACGAAUCGCAUCAACUAGGGUAGUUGAACCCCACUGGUUCAACGUGGCCCGGAAUGUUCUUAGUUAAGUUAAGUCAUCUGAACUUGUAACUCCCAAUUUGAAUUCACAAAAAAACCAAGUUUCAAACAAAUGAAUUAAAUGAAUAUAUGUAAA